GCCCGCCGGGUCCCCUCGCGCCCGGGAAGGGCGUCGCUUCCCGCGUCCAGAAUGUUCGCCCGGCCCCGCACCUUAGAGGCAGCACUAUGUCAGCACUUUACCCAACAGAAGGUGCUCAUCUCCUUCGCCAUAUCCAAGCCCUUCCCCUUCUUCGAGGGGCUCCGAGACAGCGCCUUCAUCACCGAGGGGCAGUACAGGGAGUCCCUGGAGGCCUACCAGAUGCAGGUACCCAUGUCCCGGGUGGUGUACAGAGUCCUCACCACGCUGGAGAAGACCUUCAGCCUGCUGUUGCUGCAGAACCUCUUCAGCCCCGUGAACCUGCACGAGUACCCCAACCUGCGGACCAUCCUGCAGAGCUUCGUCAAUGUUGCCACUUCCUUUGGAGGCUGGAGCAGAGCCACCCCCCACUUCUUUGAAGUCCCCAUGGUGGAUGGAACCUCCCUCCAGGUGCGGCAUCCCGGCCCCAACCUAGGAAGAGCUUGUCGUCUCCCUGAGCUCCUGGCCGGGCCACCCCACCCCGCUAGCCCCCGUGUGAAGCUUCCGGGCAUCCUCCAGAGAGAGAGUCUCUCUCCAGCCACCCCAGUCAAUGAUGCCAGCUCACAGGAGGUGCGGAAAGCCUGCCCGGGCACUGCGCAGGUGCCCGUCACCGUGAUCUCCCUGAUAGAAGUGGAAGAAGAUGUUCAGGAGAUGCCCAGUGCAGUCCCAGGCCCGGUGCCAGAUGAUCCCCCGGAACCGAAUGACCUCGAAGAGCGACAAGAGACCCCUGAACCGAAUGACCUUGAAGAGCCGCAGGAGACCCCUGAACUGAAUGACCUUGAAGAGCCGCAGGAGGCCCCUGAACCUUCGAAUGACCUUGAAGAGCUGCAGGAGGCCCCUGAACAGAAUGACCUUGAAGAGCCACAGCAGUCCCCCAGGACGCCUCCCAGCACCCCCAGGAAAGCAAAGAAAAGAAAAAGAAGUGUCUGGUCCACUCCAAAGAAGAGACCCCAUAAAAAGAGACCCCCAAAAGGGGCAGCUGCGCCUGGCCACGGAAUCCAAGAGCAGUCCCAGGCAGAGGGGCAGACCGCCCCAGAGAUGGACGACACCCCAGAGAUGGAUGACACCCCAAAUAUGGAUGACACCGCAAAGAUGAAUGACACCCCAAAGAUGGAUGACACCCCAAAGACGGAUGACACCCCAAAGAUGGAGGACACUCUGGGGGACUUGAAGAUCAUGACGAGGGCCCAGAGGGCGAGAAUCAACUGUGCGGGAGCACCCGCACCCAAGGAGGUCAGUGGUCACGCCUCAGAAACAAACCAAGGAACUGGAGCCCAGAAGCCAUCCGGGACACCCCCGAGGCCCAGGCCAGAGAGUAGAAGAAAAUUGAGCUGGUCGAGUCCCGGUAGAAGAUCAAAAAGAAGAGGGGCAGCCGCGCCUGGCCGUGGAACCCAAGAGCCGCUGCAAGCUGCCCCGAAGAUGGAUGACCCCCCAAAUGUGGACGAUUCUUCCAGGGACUUGAAGGUCAUGACGAAGGCCCAGAGGGCAAGGACCGAGUGUGCCCCUGUGCCUGCGCCCAAGGUGACCGCAGCACGGGCGCGGCUGAGACGUCGCCCCUGACCACCUGCUGCAGCCUAACCCCCUGCCUCACUUUUCUCUGUGUCAAACAAGAAGCCAAGACCGAGACCCUCCGCGUCCCCUCGGAGUCUGCACAGUGCCCGGGCCGGGGGACCUGCCCCAUGGCCUGAGCACAGCCCCGGGACCUGACCUGGCCAGUGGAAAGUGGCCAGAAGUCAAGGCCACUUUGGGGCCGCAGCUGUGAGUCUCUUUCCCUCUCGGUCAGGGGACUGGCCCAGGGCUCCUCCGUCCCCAGGACCCAGGUCGGGACCCCCGCUUAGGUGACCACAAGGUGGGUUGUUCUGACCCAGGGCAUGGCCACUUCCCCUCCACGGUCCAGGUGACUUUGAGCCUGACUCUGGUGACACUCUGCUGAGCUCUGGGGUGCAAUGUGGGAUGCACUUUCUCUUUAUUUAAGGUCGAUUUCCAGGGUGUGCGGAGUGAUUUUUCUUUCUUUUCUUUUUGUCCGGCUAACUGUAGGCAGAUAUGGAGUCAUCUACACAUAUGCACACACACACACACACACACACACGUACACACGUGCCAGGCCUGCAGAGCAUCUACACACAUGCCAGGCCUUCAGAGCAUCUACACACACACACAAACACACACACACACAAAUACAUGCAUGCAGAAUGUAUGCCAGGCCUGUAGAGCAUCUACACACAUACACACACAUGCACAGACACGCACGCAUGCACACCAGGUCUAUAGAGCAUCCACACACACACACACACGUACACACACACACACACACACACAUGCACACACGCCAGACCUGCAGAACAUCUACACACACACACACACACACACACGCACACACACACACACACACUCGUGUGCACGCACUCCCAGCCUGCUGGCCGCUGACCACAGUCUGCUCAUGCCCCCCGCAGUCUUCGAGGCUUUAGAGGCCCCCAGAUUCUGCCUGUUCCGCCUCGCCCAUCCUCACGUGCAGAAAUUUUGGGGAUUCCCUGCCGGACUCCCAGCCCUGUUGCUCUCUUCAACUUUGAGGUUUCUGUUUUGUGUCCCUUUAACGUGAGAAGUUUCGAGCUGAGGAUUUUGUUGAAGUUGGACCGACAGAGCCAAUCCUUUUCUGGAAUGGCUAAGGCCAGAGUUUCUCAUGGGACACGGUGGGCCCUUGGGGGAGGCCACUGGGGUGGGUCUGUCCUGUGUGUCCCAGACUGGUUAGCGAUGCCCCUGGCCUAGAACUGAGAAAGGCCAGUAGUGCCUUUUGCCUCCCUGUUUGCCAGAUGAAAGGCUUCCCGGUGUGCCCAGGGGUGGGGGCACCCAGGGACUCACCGCAGCCUCCACCCUCAGUUUGGGCUGUGUGCUCUGUGUAAGGCUUGGUCCUUCGCUUCUGGGGCGCUGAGCUCUAUGGGCACAUCAUUACACAGCAGAGAAUGUUGCUACGUAUUAGCGCAUGGCCUAUUCUCCCCACUUCCAGUUCAAACGCUCCCCCAAAGGCCAAGCCAGCAAGGCAGAAACCACCCUGGGCUCUGCAGGGCCUGGGCCUGCUCCUGGGGGACCCCGUUCCCACCCUCCUCUGAGCUCCGACUCCUGAUUCCUUUCAUCACGGCCCCCCAGAGGGAGCAAGGCCCCCCCGCAUCCUGACACAGCACCAUAGAGCAGCCAGGGGCCCAAAGCCUUAUUCUAGUUCCAGUCUGACUGCGGAGACGGUGGGUGGCGCAUAGUAGGUGCUGGUGGGGAUCAUCUCAUAGGGGAGCCAUUGUCUUAAUUACUAUGCCAUUUGAAACCG